GGUCUUGCUGUGCCAGUCGCGCUCCUGCACUUACACGUCGCUGAACUCUGAUACGGUACGCGUUCGUUCUGGGCACGUUUGCGCGUUCCUUCGUACGCGCGUGUGUGUUGCACCAUACGAGAUAUCCUGUCUGCCGAACGCGCACACGGUGUAAACACUUUCUACUCUGACCUCGGUCGACCGAUCGAAACGUGGGCGACGGAGACACAAAGCUCCUGGCGAUAGCCAGGAAAAAGUGACACGCGCCGUUAUGCGGUGUCCUGUGCGUCUUGUCGGUCGUGCGCACGUUCGCGAGAUCGAAACACACUGUGAAAAUGACAGUGAACGACUUCGACAGUGACGAAACUUCGAACGACGAUCGAGUGGGUUCUUAGGCGAGAGUAAUGUCAAGAAGUACGAGCCACUAAGUUACCUGAAAAAUUACGAGACAAAGUGUAAUCUGGUGUCAUUGGAAAUCCUGAUUACGCGAGGAAUAUUAUAUCGCGUACCUUUCCGCUGGAGUCCUUUUCCCGCGUUUUUUCCCGACAGCGUACGUUCCGCUCGAAUUUCGAGUUACACACCGUGCUCCAAACCGCGAGGAAUCGAAUUCCUGACAGCGUCGAUGUCGAAGUGUCUAGCGUUUCGACGAUCAGCGUAGAAGCCUUUCGUAAAGGGUGCAACAGGAUACUCGCGUUAGGUUAGGUCGGAGCGUCGUGAUCGAACUGGUCGCCCCCCCCCCCCCCCCCCGAGUGUGCGGACGUUGAAAGGAUACGCGGCUGUCAGGAGUGAAGGCUUUUGAACGCAAUCGAGAGUACAGCAGCCGGUUAUGAUGGGUGUACUGAGAUGGAGGCACGAUCUUAGAUCGGAUGCCGGCCAACAGCAGCAACAACGGCCCAACAGCGAACGGUCUUCAACAGGACACAAUAGCCACGCGCAUGCGCACACGCACACACUGCCGAAACUUAUAUCGCAGACCCCGAGGGAGGAUAGGGCAGCGUCGAGUCCUGGUAAUCAGAAUAAUCACACACCCACACCGUCCCCGUCACCGGUUGGCGAUGCACCCGCUGGCAGGGCUCUUAUGGAGGCUGCGCUCCAGCAGGCCACUUCCGGAUCUCAGCCGCCUCUUGUGGUGAUACCGUCUGGAUACUGGGUCGACGGUACCGAUCAUCGACACGCCCUGGACUCAGCUGGCAGGGCGUUACUUCCGGCGCAGCCUGCAUGGCAACCCAGGAUAGACCAGGACGACACCGCCAAAUGUUACAGGCGAUUCUUCGUCGGCAGGGAGCACGUGAAUUUGGUGGGAAGAGACGGGGAGAACGGGCCGGUCCUCGUCUCGGUGAAGGCCGAGACGGUUGCUGGACAGGAGCACUGGAGGGUGUUGUUACGAUUGCGAGCAGGUUCGACACACGAGUUGGUACCGGCCGUGAACCUCGGCCCGAAUCCGUCACCAGCGAAAAUGGUCAAGGCGAUCAACGAAUCCCUGAACGUGAGCACGUUGAUGCCUGUUGUCUGUUCUGGUGCCGGUACACUGAUAGCACGGUAUGACGAACAUGCUCUGGUGUCGAGGUUUAAAUUCGGUGUUCUUCACCAACGUGCCGGCCAAGUGACCGAAGAGCAACUCUUUGGAAAUAGACAAAUUACCCCGGCUUUCCAAGAAUUUCUCGAUUUACUGGGCCAGAAAAUCGACCUGAAGGAUCACAAAGGAUACCGCGGUGGUUUAGACACUCGACACGGACAGACAGGAGAUUCCGCGGUAUACGAAGUAUUUCGAGGUCGAGAAGUGCUGUUCCAUGUCGCUUCUCUGUUGCCGUACAGUCCAGGAGACUCUCAGCAACUGCAGCGUAAAAGACACAUUGGCAAUGACAUCGUCGCGAUAAUAUUCCAAGAGGAGCCAACCCCUUUCAGUCCAGAUAUGAUCGCCAGCCACUUCUUACACGCAUUCAUCGUGGUACAGGUCGUCGACCCCUGCACUCCUAAUACCAGGUACAAGGUCAGCAUAACGGCACGAAACGACGUUCCCUGGUUUGGUCCAGCUUUGCCAACGCCAGCUGUAUUUUUGCGCGGAGUCGAUUUCAAGGAAUUCCUUUUGACGAAAUUAGUGAACGCCGAGAACGCGGCGUACAAGGCGGAAAAGUUCUCGAAACUCGAGCUAAGAACGAGGUCAGCUCUCUUGGAAUCUCUGACGGAAGAAUUGCAAACGAAGACCGCGGAUUUUCUCGGCGGUGCGAUCGGCCUGGGAGCUACCGGUUUGGGAUUCGGAGGGAAUUGUCCAGUAAGCCCGACGGCGAGCGACGCGUCGGGAUCUGGUAGCGGUGGAAGUGGCUCCAGAUUCAUCGAUACCGUUCGAAAAGCGCUGAUAUCGCGCGUUAGAAACGCCUCGACGGAGAGCGUACCGCAGCAAUUAUCAAAAAAGGGCCAGUCGGAGCCUAGCCCGCCGAGCAAUCGACAAUCGACCACGAAAAUUAGCAGCAAACGUUCGGUGGAGCCUUCCAGUCCCUUAGGCUCGCCGGAUUUAACCCUCAGGAGGGACUCGGAACGUGGAAGCCCUAGCUUAGGCAGUCAGGAUAGCAGUUUAUCCAACACAGACAAUCAAGAUAGUAGUUUGGCCACCCUACAGCAAGACGAGGUGGACCGUAGAGAAUCCACCACCUCAAUUUGCGCUAGCAACGAUACCACGGUGGUGGAUAAAACGUCCGUAUCGUCCGUUCAAAGACUGACUCACGAGAACUUACGGAAACAAGAGAGAUCCGAGAAGACAGAAACGACCCAGCGUGUUAUUUCGGAAAGUGACGACAGUUCAUUGAACAGCGAGCUGGAGCUAGACCAGGCUGUAUACCCGGACAGCGAUACAGGCCUCGAAUCGAUGAGUUCAGCUGAAACCCACGAUACAGCAAGGUGUACCGCCAAGGAUGGCAUUCUAGAGAAUGAAAAUUUACGAAUGGAAGUAACCAGGCUUAAAUGCGACAAGUUAGAUUUACUGAGGCAAAAUGUGACCUGCCAACGUGAUAUAAAACGUCUGCGAGAAAAGGAGCUUCAGUUACAAUCUGAUCUUGCUGCCGCUUCAAAGGAAAUUCUACGAUUGCGAGCUAUGCUGAAAGAAUGUUCGACAAGUAUCCCGUUGGAUAACAAUAAUCAACAAACGUCUACCGUUUAAAGAUCUCCUUGAGAUCUUAACACGCCUUUUGUCGGUGGAUAACUUCCCGUUGCAAUUAUUAGAUUUUAAUAAUUAGUUGGGUGCAGUAGUUGAGAACUCUACACGUCGUACUUUUUCGGAAUUGCUUCUUCCCAGGAGAAAUUUUUCCGAAGUAGUUUACAAACGGAGUUUGAAACUUGCAGUUGAAAUGCUUUAUGUUAUGUUGUAACACUGUGGUUGAACUUCUUUAGAUAGAAAUUGAUAACGCUGUAUAUUACAACAGAACGGGUCAGUGAAGGAUAUUUAGAGGAAAUGUUUCGCGAUGUAACUAUAGUGAUGCGUCUUUCGCAAUAUUAGCAACGUAGACGCUAAUUGUUACUUGUAGAAAUAUUUGUUUGAUCUUUAACAAUAUUAUUUAUCUAUUAAUUUAUUCGUAGGCGUAAGAUAAUCUCUAAUAGUCAAUACAAAGUAAAUGGUCACACAAACACACACAAUGUAUGAAUAUGAAUAGGAAUGUUUAAAAAAAAAAGUAGGUACAUCUUGUCAUUACAACAGAUAGAUUAGAAAUAAAAAGUAAAAUGGCCUUUAGACUUAGUUUCUGAAAACGAGAGUAAAUAUACAGAAAUUAAUAUUACAUAUUUUACCUGUAAUAAUUAAAUGUGCAUAAACUGAGAUCGAUAUAUAUAUAUAUAAAUUAUAUAUAAAAAUAGCAGUUACAAUUCUCGUACUGUUUUCAAACGAGAUAACUGCAUAUUGUCCCAUAACACGAUAUAAAGUGACUGGUAUAAAUAUCCACACGCUUAUGGGCUAUAGAAAUAUGUGUUUUAUCGAUAUAUUUCUGACGUCUCACAUUGAAACAAGGAUAUGUAUCGUUAGUUACAGUAUUCGUCGCGGUAAAUCUACCGAAAUCAUUACUAGUUUUUUAGUAUUAGUUCGAAACAACUUUAGCAAUUAUGAGAACACCUCGUUAGUUAAUCUCCCGGCACCAUUAUUCAAUUUAGAAUAAGAUUAGGUUUUUUAGCCGUUUCCGACGGUUAUAAUGAUUUAAAUGCACCAAAUUGUUUAAUAACACAUGAUGUACCGAUGUGUCAGUAACAUACAAGUAAGACACGUAUUAUCGUUCAUUGUUCACUAAUAUGCAAAGUAAACUAAGUGUAUUUCAUUUGCUUAGUUAUGCACCUUUUCUUUUAAUAUCUUUCACCAAUGGUAUUAGUAUGAUUUAUUUUUAUUAUUAUUAUUAUUGCUAUUAUUAUUGCGUUAUUAUUAUUAUUAUUAAUAUUAUUUUCAUUAAUAUUAAUCUCGUUGUAGUUUAUAUCAUUUUUUUCUUCUCUUGUAAAUAAUCGGCUAUCUUUCUACACGGAAAGAUCGAAGGUGUUGAAGAAAAGAAAGGACAGAGGGACAUGAAAGUUCACUCAUAUAUAAUACCAAAGUUUAUCAUAGUAAAAUCUACUUCUCUUAGUUUUCUACAUUCCUUUUCAUACGAUAUCUGCCUCUAAAACCUGCAUAUAAAAAUAGCAUAUACUUUUCCCAAGUAAACGUUUUUUCUACAAGUACAAGUUUUCUUCUGAAUUUCAAUGGAUCUUUGUAUGACUUUACAAAUAUUUUGCAGACAUAUUACGAUUAUCACUGCCUGUACAAUGUCGUUUUGGAGUGUACUACAUUUUUCCACUUUAAAAGAAACUUCUGGUUUGCCAUUUACGCAGUACGACAUGAUUUUUUCAAUUACUCGCAUUGCUUAUCUCGAAGAAUCGUUAUUCGCGAGGAAUCUCUGCUCUGUAUGAGAAUCGUGAUAUUGCAGGUGAAAAAUCGAAGAAUUGCCACUAUUAAAAUGCAAUACGUCUCGAAAUUUGUUUCACGAUGAUUUGCUUUCGAAUUUAAUUGAAACGAUGAUCUUUGUAACGCCGGCUGAGAUCUUCAGGAAAAUAAAGUUUCCAAAUGCAUGCAAAAAACAAGAAUCGCUGCGAAUAUUUUCCAGUAGUACUAUUUUUAUCUGUCGUAAAGAUGAGCACACACGAUAUAUUUUAUACGGUUUACGAUCAACGUAUUUUUACAAAGUUGUUUUAGACUGAGCGUACAAUAGGUCAUUCGAAUAUUUGAUUUUGUGGAAUUUAUACAGAACAAAAUAUUCGAAACGAAAACACCAGGAAAUGCACAUUGCAAUUAGUUUGAAUUUUAAAGUAUCGUUUUAUAAACACAUCACGUAAGAAUUCGAUGAUUUGAAACACGCGCAUACAUAUACAUACUUACAUACACACACGAUAAAAAAAUCUAAUGCUACAGAACAUAAAAAAAGCGAUUUUAUCAAAACCUGUAUUUCACUGUUGAAAAAUAAGUGCAGGUAUCGAAAGAAAUUUUCAUUACUACGAGUUAAAUUUCAUAUUUAUAAAGAGCUCGGAAUUAGUCGAAAUUACUUUUACAAAAUGUGUAUAAAGUGAAUUGCGUUCAAACAAUGGGUCAUUUGAUAAGAGCGUCUCUUUGUCUAAAAUUUAGAAAAAUAAAGACUAAGUUUACCAUUCUCUAGUGUGAUUUCUAUGCUGGCCUUGCAAAAUCAAAGAAAGAUUAUCUAUAUUACAAAGAGAUAUGUGUUAUUAUAUUACGAGAGAGAGAGAGAGAGAGAGAGAGAGAGAGAGAGAGUGAGUGCGAACGAGAGAGAUAAAAUAUUACUGCUAUAAAUAUAUAUUUUGUAUUUAAUAUUAAUCGCCCAAAUCUAUCUAACAGAACUGCGAAUACACUUAUUCUCUGACACUACGACACGAAAGUAUAUAUUUCUUAUGACUGGUGUAAGUAUUCGCAUACUAUUUUUUUUUUUUCUUUUCUAUGCACGACUGUCAACUUGAAAAUCAGUGGUAAUGAUGUUCGCCAAUAAAUAAAAUAAUUUAAACCAA